AUGUCAUCCCCGCACUCACGGCCCAUCAAGCGAUUGUUGGUCGCCAACAGAGGAGAAAUUGCCGUUCGUAUCCUCCAUGCAGCACGAGAAUUACCUGAGCCAAUCGAAACAUUCAGUCUCUACACAUCAGACGACCAAUCACACUGCGAUUUAGGGAGACCGCAGCAUGCGAUUGAAAUUCCGUCAGCGUCAUCAUAUCUCGACAUUUCUCUUCUGAUAGAUAUAGCCCAAAAACACUCUAUACAUGCCGUGCAUCCUGGAUAUGGAUUUCUCAGCGAGAGCGCCGAGUUUGCGUAUCGCAUGUGGCACGAAGCCGGGUCUCUUGUCAUUGGACCUGGAUGGGAAAAUCUCGCCCGAACGGGUGAUAAGCUCCAGGCAAAACAGCUAGCGCAACAAUGCGGCGUCCCUGUAUUAGAAGCCAUGAGCCAACCUACCACCAACGUGAACGAAGCACGGGAGUUUGCGACGAAAGUUGGAUUCCCAGUCAUGAUCAAGGCCGUUGAUGGUGGGGGCGGUCGGGGGAUUCGCCUCGUUCGUGAGGAGCAUGGGCUGGAUAAUAGUAUUCAGAGAGCGAUCGGCGAGUCACCAUCUCGGACUGUCUUUGUUGAGAAAGCUGCUGUGGACGGGUUUCAUCAUGUUGAAAUUCAGAUUGUUGGUGAUGGGACGGGUCAGGUGCGGCAUCUAUGGGAAAGAGACUGCAGUGCUCAGCGGCGGUUUCAGAAGGUGGUCGAAUGCGCCCCGGCUUUGAUGCGGGAUAGAGCUUUGGUUGGGCAAGUGAUCGAGUCGGCGCUCACGAUGGCAAGUAAAAUCUGUUAUCAAUCAUUGGGGACAUUUGAGUUUCUGGUCAGUGAACAGCGUGGAGAAUUUUACUUCUUGGAGGUGAACCCGCGUCUGCAAGUCGAGCAUACUAUUACCGAAUCUAUCAGUGGGGUAGACCUUGUGCAGACACAGCUUCUUCUCGCCCAGGGCUACAAGUUGCAUGAGCUGGGGCUCGGGGCUGAGGUCAUUCCAAGUCAUCCUCCGCCAAAUGCCUUUGCAAUCCAACUCAGGCUGUGUGCUGAAGACCCAGGCAACGAGUUUUCCCUUAGCAUUGGCAAAAUCACUGGGUUUACCGUACCUAGUGGCCAUGGAAUCCGGGUGGAUACCCAUGUCAGUGUUUCCGGCCCUCCACUGGUUGUGGGUUCCAACUUCGACAAUCUGUUGGCCAAGAUAAUCGUGACUGCACCCACGUGGGAAGCAUCCGUUAGAAAAGCCCAGCGGGUUUUAGCUGAUUCUAGGGUUGACGGUGUGAAAACUAAUAUUAGCCUUCUACGAGGGAUCGUGGCUCAUUCUGAUUUCAUGGCUGGCAAAGUCGACACACAAUGGCUUGGGUUCAACCUCGACACAGUACUCCAGCAAGGGGAGAACAUAUCAAAGAGUAUUCAGAGGCUAGAUAGCCCAGCCGCCCCUUCACAGCAAGCAAUCACCCAAAGUGGACUACCAGCACCUAAUCUCUUAUUUCGAAAAGGAGAUGCAUGGUCAAUCACGUUGGAACCUCUGUCGAAGGAUGCCCAACCAUCGGACAAAGUCUUCCACCAUCUGCGUAUGUCCCGGAUGCUACGCAAUGACUUCCCAACUUCACUCACUGCCGAAAUUGAAUAUACGACUCCAACCUCGCAGGGCGCAAUCCCCUAUCGAAUGCAACUCGAAACAACUACGACUGCUGCAUCAGCAUUAGUAUCCUCGUCGCAUCGACGAGGUGAUCCAAAGAACCCUCAUCACAUAAUCCUCCCUCUCUCAGGCAAAUUGAUUGAGAUACUGGUCUUGGAUGGAGAGGAUGUUGUUGAAAAUCAGGUCCUGGCUUUCGUCAAGCAGAUGAAGAUGGAGCUCGAAGUACGAAGCCCUCGAAGUGGUCGGGUCAAAUGGGUUUAUGAAAUGGAAGACGAAGAGGAGGAUGUCGCUGAGGGUAUGCUUUUGGUUGAGUUGGAGCCGGACAAUGGCAAAGUGGAAGUCCGGGGCAAGUUGUAG